AUGCUGAACAAGUUUACUCUUUAGUUUAAGGACAAACAACUUGAAGAAAAAUAUUAGUAACACCAAUUAAUAUCAAAUCGAUUACCACUAUUCAAACAUUUAACUUUUGGAAUAGCUGUAGCUGGGAUAGUUCGUUUGAGUUAGAUACUUAUCUCAGGGAAUUCUAGUCUAUGGUUUGUAUACCUUCUUUUUAUAUUGGCUGUAAUAUUUUUAGGGAUUUAUGUUAAUCUAAGAAAGAAAUAUAUUCGAAUAGCAUUAAUCAUAAUAAAUCAUUUGAUCAUUUUAACUUCAUUAGAAGUUGACAAUUAGUGUUCUCCUCAUUAUUAUUAUCUAAGGGGAGCAAGUAUGAUGUGUAUUCAUCUUGUUAUUUUAUUGCAAGGUGAAUUUAUUGAUGCAUUCUUUUCCCUUAUUUUUAUAACUUCAAUAAGAUUGCUUACUAUUUUUCUUUAGGAUUCAAUAUUUCCUUAUCCCUCUAUUGUGAUUGCCAUAAUCUUGAUUGGGUAUCUUUUGUACAUUAUUUACAAAAAUAAUUUGGCUUUUAGAUCUUAAUUUUAACUGUCUUGUUUAGAUAAUUAAUGGGAUUUAGUUAUUACAACUCUAAUCGAUGAUUCAUAUUUAUUGAUUAAUUUCAAUGAAAAUAAUUUAAGUUUUAAGUAUAGAAAGUCAAAUAAAUUUUAAAUAAAUUGCGAAAAUGAGCAAGAAUUAAAAUUAUUUUUAAGAAACUCAAAAUUAAAUUAGGGAAAAAAUAGCUUAGAAUAAUUCUUAUUCAAAAGCAUUUAAGAUUGUAUUUUUGAAGAUACAAAUUAAUUGUUGAAAUAAAGAAUUCAAAUUAUUUAUGAGAAAAAAGAAUUAACUCUUUAAUAUUCAAUAUUUCUUGGAUUUUAACCUUUAAUUUUAAUUUAGGUACUAAAAUUUUCGAAAUUCUAAAUAUUAGGAGAUAAAUAAUUCGAAAAAUUAGAAAACUCAUAUUAAUACAAAUAUAAAAAGUUAUUGAACAUUGUUUAUUAUAGGUUGAAUGGAAUGAUGAAGAAAAAAUAUUCUAUAAAAAUCAUACAUUCAAUGUAUAAACAGAUUUUAUAUUUAUACUUAACAGAACAUUGUAGAUAAAGUUCUCAGUAAGUUAUAUACACUUUUAAAAUAUAGAGUGUCUUAAAAAAAAUAAAACUGAUUUAUAAUUCUAGAUCCAUUUAAAUAAUGAAUAGGAUUUAAGAGUUAGUGAUGGGAAAUAAAUCGGUUUUAUGUUUAAUACUGAUAGAUGUAAUUGAGUAAUUAACAACAAAUAAUAUAAAAAUUUCAUGUUAUAAAUAAAAUAAAAAUGAAUACUAAAUUAAAAUAGAAGGAAUUAUAAAUGAGAAAGCAUAGAGUAUAAUAUUCAAGAGACUUAAAUAAUAAGAAUGGUUUUUCAAAUAAUUCACGAUUGAUUAUUCAUGUAAUAUUAAUUAAAUAAAUUUUAUAGGUAUAAAGUUAAAUUUUUGGAGUGAACUGCCUGAAAUAGAGAAUUAAUGA